AUGCUUAGCUUUAUAGAUGAUGAAGAGGAGGAUGCAACCCCGCAGUCGUCGGAGCUGCAGUCCCCGCAACCGCCACCGCAGAAGCAACAACAACAGCAGCAGCGGCGGCGGCUGCUCGCUCCCGGGACUAAUGGCAGCAGCAGCAACAACAACAACAGCACCGAUGGGACAUUUGCAGUCCCUGUGUUCCGGCCGCGUCAACGACGUCAGCCGCAUCAGCCCCAGGAUCAGAUUGGUCCAUGCGUAAAGCCAGCUCUAACGCACAAGGAAUACCUCAGUCGUCGUGCUGCAGAGCUAGCAGCAGAAGCAGCAGCAGAAAGAGAAGCAACAACAACAGCAGCAACAGCAGCAGGACCCGAAGCAGCAAAUGCAUCAUCAUCAGCCUCUGGGGACCCCCCGAAGCGUCAGCGCCGCACAGGUUGGACAGAUGCUGAGGAUGAGGGGGCCCCCGAUGGGGCCCCCCAGUCUGGUUGGGGGCCCCCCGUGGACCCUAAAGUACAAGAAGAAAGAAGGAAAGCAAUUGAGUUGGCAUUAGAGGGAGAGAAGAGGCGAAUAGCAUCUACGGUUCCUACGACAGAAGAAGAGGAAGCAGAGAGGGCAUUACAACGAAUGUGGUAUGACCGAGACGACAGCUCAGGGUUGCAACUUGGUGAUUAUGAGGAAGACGAUACUCGCAAUUUAUUAAAAGAGGAAAAAUUAAAGAGUUUAAAAGGGGGGGCCCCCACAGGGGCCCCCGGUCGCUCGUUAGCAGAGAUGCAGCGACACAGGGAUAAUGAAUUAUGGGAAGAAGUACUAAUGAAUAGAGGAGGAGCAGGACAAAGGAGAGAAAUAAGUUUAGAUGAACAGGAAGAAUUAGAAGAAACAGAAAAAGAACAUGUUAUAUGCAGACAAUUAUUACCUCCUUUCCUCGCUGAAUAUAAACCCUCAGAACGUAAUGUUAGCGUCGUAAAAGAUGUAACUAGCGAUAUGGUCACUCUUGCCAGGAAGGGCAGCGCCGUGUUGCGUUAUACAAAGGAUCGAGAGGAUCGAGCAGCAGUUCGCCAGCGUUUUUGGGAAGUGGCGGGAUCGACACUAGGGAAGUUGCUGCAGGGUGCUGAGGGUAGAGAAGCAGAAGCAGCAGCAGAGGAGAGAGCAGCAGCAGCAGCAGCAGCGGCAGCAGCUGAGGCGGAAGCAUUAGGUAAACGUGGUCGUGAUGGUUAUGCUGCUGCAUUUAUCAACAGCAAACCAGGUUCUACUGCUUUUACGCCGCAGCAGCUGCACCAGCAGCUGCAGCAGCAGCGGCAAUCUUUGCCUGUAUAUAAAGUAAGAGAAGAAUUUAUUCAAAUAUGUAGGGAGCACCAAAUAAUUGUUGUUGUAGGAGAAACAGGAAGUGGCAAAACAACCCAACUUACUCAAUAUCUCUAUGAGGAAGGAUAUGCAAUAUCUCCUGCUGCUGCUGCUGCUGCAGCAGCAGCAACCCCCAACUCCCGCGUUACAUAUAGAACGUCGUCAUAUCCCUCCUACACAGCGGGAACGCCCUCUUCUGCAACAUCAGCAUUACCAUCAGCAGCAGCCGAAGCAGAAGCAGCAGCAACAGCAGCAGCAGGUGGUGCAAAUUUAUUCUCUGUGGGUAUAAUAGGGUGUACACAACCACGUCGUGUUGCUGCUGUAUCUGUAGCUAAACGUGUUGCUGAAGAAAUGGGGGUUGAUCUUGGCAAUCUUGUUGGUUAUUCUAUUCGUUUUGAGGAUUGUACAUCACAAGAAACAGCAAUUAAAUAUAUGACGGAUGGUGUAUUAUUAAGAGAAAGUCUUAGUGAUCCUGAUCUAGAUAAAUAUAGUUGUGUUAUCAUGGAUGAAGCACACGAAAGAUCUUUGAACACGGAUAUAUUAUUUGGUGUAUUAAAGGGAGUAGCAAGUCGUCGUAGGGAUUUUAAGUUAAUUGUAACAUCAGCAACAAUGGAUGCAGAUCGUUUUUCUUCUUUUUUUGGUGGUGCUGCUAUAUUUCAUAUACCAGGAAGAACAUUUCCUGUAGAGGUAGAGUUCACAAGAUGUAUACCUGAUGAUUAUGUAGAUGCAGCAGUACAAAAAUGUUUAGCAAUACACUGCAGUACUCCUUGUGGGGGAUCGGAUGCUGCGAAUACAGCUGAAGGGGAGGAUGAAUUUGAAGGACCAGGGGAUAUUCUUCUUUUUAUGACGGGACAAGAUGAUAUUGAGGUUUCUUGUAUUCUUCUUGCUACGCGAUUAGAACAGAUAGGGGAGAGGGCUCCCCCCUUAACAAUAUUACCUAUAUAUUCGCAGUUACCUGCGGACUUACAAGCAAAGAUAUUUGAGCCAUCGAAGUAUAGGAAGAUUAUAGUAGCAACAAAUAUAGCAGAAACAUCCUUAACAGUAGACGGUGUUCGUUAUGUAGUAGACUGCGGGUUCUGCAAGUUAAAGGUAUUCAAUCCUUCUAUUGGUAUGGAUUGUCUACAAGUAACACCUAUAUCACAAGCAAAUGCUAAUCAAAGAAAGGGGAGAGCAGGGAGAACAGGACCAGGGAAAUGUUAUCGUUUAUAUACAGAAACUGCUUUUAUAAGGGAAAUGUUACCCUUAACAGUACCCGAAAUGCAAAGAACUAAUCUGAGUAAUGUUGUGCUUCUCCUUAAAAGUAUUGGUGUUGAAGACUUGCAACAAUUUGAUUUAAUUGAUCCUCCCCCUCAAGAAAACCUUCUUGAUGCUAUGUUUCAACUAUGGAUAUUAGGGGCAUUAGAUAAUAAUGGAUAUAUUACCAAUACAGGCAUUAAAAUGUCUUCCUUCCCCUUAGACCCUCCCCUAUCAAAGAUGCUGCUAGCAGCAGCAGAUCUAGGGGGUGUUAGCGAGCUUGUAUCUAUUGUUUCUCUUCUUUCUGUUCCUUCUAUCUUCUUUGUUGCUAAAGAAAAACAACAAGAAGCAGAAGGAAUAAAAGAAAAAUUCUUUGUACCCGAGAGCGAUCAUCUUACUCUCCUUAAUGUCUUCCAACAAUGGAAAAGAGCCAAAUGCAACCCUCAAUGGUGUCUUAAACACUUCGUACAGCCAAAGGCAAUGCAGAAGGCGAAGGAAGUUCGCGACCAACUUGUGGAUACGAUGAAACAACAAGGAAUACCAGAACAAUCAUGCGGCACAGAUUGGGAUAUCCUUAGGAAAGCAAUCUGCGCCGGUUACUUUCACCACGCCGCUAAACUACGUGGAAUAGGAGAAUAUGUAAAUAUGAGGACUUCUGUACCCUGUCACGUUCAUCCAACUUCGUCUCUUUACUCGGCUGGAUAUACACCCGAAUAUGUGGUCUACCACGAGCUUCUCCUCACCACUAAAGAGUAUAUGCGAAACGUGACAGCCGUGGACGCACGGUGGCUAGCAGAAUUAGGGCCCAUGUUCUUCUCCAUCCGCAAGGUGGGGAUGGGCGGUCGUCAGCUGCAGGCAGAAGAAGAUGCAGCAACAGCAGGUACAGGGACAAUCUUAACAGCAAGCGCUCCUAUCGCUGCUCCUGUUGUUGUUGCCUUUGAAGCCCAGAUGCAGCAAGAUGCGCUGCGGCUGCAGCAGAAGCAGCAGACAGCAGCAAAGUCAACUCCGCGCAUGCACGUCGAAGCAACAACAGGCCGUAGGCCAAAGACAGCAGCAGCAGCAGCAGCUGCUGCUGCUGCUGCUGCUGCGGCUGCGGCUGUUGCUGCAGGAGAGACGGAGAAGACAGAGGACGGUGAAGAAAUGAACAACCAGACAGACAACGACGAUGAAGCUGCCGUCCUCAAGCUAAGACGCCUUCGCAAUACUAUCAGUAGCACUCGCAAGGUGUCUCCUCAGCUGCUGCUGCUCGGUGUAAAGACAGAAGCAAAUGAUGAGACAAAGCCGGAGCAGCAGGCGGCAGCAAAUGUAGCCAAGCAGCAGCCGCUAACAGCAAAAUCACCAAAAGAUGAAUAA